AUGACGAGGACAAUAUGGAUGCUGUCCGUGGCGUGCCUGCUAGCGGGUCUAGCGCACGUUGCGGACUCUUACCUAGCAGUAUUGUCCUCGACCCUGGCCCCGGGCUCCUUGAUCUUCGAGGCAGGUAUCCCGCGCCUGGGGGGGCGUCGAAAAUACGAGGCCUCCUCCCACACGGCCCGUUUCGCCCGCAAACUCCUCCGCGUGCACCCGCACAACGGACGAGUAACCCUGGCGAGAUCCCUAAACUGCGAUGGUCUGCAAUACCCCCGACUCUUCACCUUCCAUAUAGACUCGACGAGCCAACGCCUAGGCCGCCCGAACAUCGAUUUCUACAGUCUCCCCUUGCGAGUCCUGAUAACCGGAUGUGGCGGUGAGAACCAGGACCUGGCGGCGACGAAGGGCUGGAUGGCGGAGACCCUGGCGUCCUUUGCGAUGCCUACCCCGGACAAAUUCACAGAAAUCUGUCUCCGGACAUCUCAACUAGUCGCCUCAUUACAGAGCUUCCUCCCCGAAACGGUAGUGAAAGAGUGCGAGGCGAGAUGGGGAGGAGUAGCCGACUCUCGAUUCCUGAUAGAAGGUACAGCAGGCGAUCUGGUCUCGUCCUCGGAGCAGUGCCUGAUCGACCCCAUAUGGAAGAUCGCAGUCUCAAUGACCCUCCGCUGCAGCACAAACCACCUGGCGGACGCCGAGCACCGCCUGAAGAUCAUCUUCCACCACCAGCAGCUGGACGACGACGACCUGGGCCGAAGGGUCCGCCGAGAGCUCCGCAAUCGCUCCCCCUUCUUCGAACAGGGUCUCUACACAGUGGCCGUCGAGGAGGAAAAGGAACCCGGCGAGCUCGUCACCGUGGUUCGCGCGAGGGACCCAGAAGGCGGCACAGUCCACUACUCCAUGAUGUCCCUCCUCGACGCCCGCUCCAGUGCCCUCUUUCUCCUCGAUUCAGCAUCUGGGAAAGUAACAACACGCUCUAAACUCGAUCGCGAAAGCGUAGACGUGCAUUACUUCAAAGUCCUGGCUGUCGACGACUCGUUCCCACCGAGAACCGGCACCACAACGCUGCAGGUCAAUGUCUUAGACGCUAAUGAUCACGCGCCGAGCUUCGAGUGGCCGGAGUACGAGGCGCCCAUUAGGGAGAGUGUGCCAUUAGGAUCUACUGUAAUUGCGGUUAAAGCUACUGAUAAGGAUUUCGGUCGUAACGCAGAGGUUGAGUAUUCCAUAGUGUCCACUACUGGAGGGGGUAUGACUGCCUUGACUGAGGACUCGGCGACUUUUCGAAUAGACCCCAAGUCGGGGGUUGUCACCACGAGGAUGUCGUUGGACAGGGAGAAGACUGAAGUCUACACUGUGAUAAUCAACGCAGUGGACCAGGCGCCCUCGGCGUCCACCAGAAAAACUGCCACCACGACGCUAAUCGUCCGGGUCCUGGAUGACAACGACAACUACCCUCAGUUCUCCGAGAGAUCUUACUCCACAACAGCCUCCGAAGACAUGGACUACACCGUGAACCCCGUGAUAGCACGGAUACGAGCGACAGACGCUGACACAGGUGCCAACGCGGCCAUAAGGUACGCGAUAAUAGGUGGAAACACUCAGAACACCUUUUCAAUAGACUCAUUAAGCGGAGACGUGACUCUAGUGAAGCCACUGGACUACGAGACAACGGACUUGUAUAGGAUUGUGGUGAGAGCUCAGGACGGUGGCUCACCCGCGAGAUCAAACACGACUCAAUUGCUCGUUCAUGUUCAAGACGUGAAUGACAAUGCGCCGAGGUUCUUCACGAGUCUGCUGCAGGAGACUGUGUCUGAGGGUGUGCCAAUUGGCCACUCGGUGGUUAGAGUGCAGGCGUACGACGGUGAUAAGGGCCUCAAUGCUAUGAUAAAGUACUCCAUAGGGGCGAGGGACUUUUCCGGCGCCUCAACCGAGAAUUUUCCCAUCGCUGUUAACCCCGAGAGCGGGUGGAUUCAUACGACAAAGCAGUUGGAUCGAGAGCAGAACUCGAGGUAUCAGUUUACGGUAAUUGCGACAGACUCGGGGGAACCCCCGAAGUCCGGCAGCGCCACAGUGGUGCUCACUGUAACUGAUAUAAACGAUAAUGACCCGACGUUCGAGCCGAGAAACUAUGAGACUGUUGUGUCUGAGGACGAUCCCCCCGGGACUUCUGUUGCACUUGUCACGGCGACUGAUCCUGACGAAGAUGCCAAGAUUCAUUAUGACAUUACUGCGGGUAAUACUAGAGGAAGGUUCUCGAUUACAUCGCAAAAUGGCGGGGGAUUGAUUACGGUUGCUCAACCGCUUGACUACAAACAGGAGAAGAGAUUUGUACUGACGGUCACGGCUUCUGACUCGGGGGGACGAGCCGAUACUGCUCUGGUUUAUGUGAAUGUCUCUGAUGCCAACAACUUUGCGCCGAUAUUCGAGAAUGCUCCGUACUCGGUUUCGGUGUUUGAGGAUGCACCAGUGGGAACUACUGUGCUGGUGGUCAGCGCGACGGAUUCCGAUGUCGGACAGAAUGCUCAGGUCACUUAUAGCUUGGGGUCCGAUGGGGAUGGGUUGGAGGCCGCCGAAUUCACCAUCAACCCGCAGACGGGGGCCAUUACGACGACGAGGCCCUUGGACAGGGAGAGAUCCUCUGGGUAUCUGCUGACGGUCACUGCCAGGGACGGAGGGGUUCCGUCCUUGUCGGAUACUACUGAUGUCGAGAUUUCGGUUACUGAUGUCAAUGAUAAUGCCCCCGUUUUCGAUGCUGGACAGUACACGGGGACUAUUCUGGAGGAUGUUGUCGUGGGGACGAGUGUUGUUACGGUCUCGGCGACUGAUGCCGAUAUGGGGUUGAAUGGAAGAGUGAGAUACACCCUCGACGACGACGGCGACGGUGCCUUCGCGAUCGACUCCACGACCGGUAUCGUCAGGACCGCCAAACAACUGGACCGCGAGUCAGUCGCUAGGUACACCCUGAAAGCAGUCGCCGUCGACCGCGGGAUCCCCGCCCUUUCCUCAACCGUCCCCAUCAUAAUCAAGAUCCAGGACGUCAACGACUCCCCGCCCGCCUUCGAGAGCGACAAACUGAUCCUCUACAUCCCCGAGAACUCCCCCGUGGGCUCCACAGUCGGCGAGAUCUACGCGCACGACCCGGACGAGGGUCCCAACGCAGUCGUCCAGUACUCCAUCAUCGGCGGUGAAGACGCCAACAGCUUCGGACUGAACACCGCCCAGGGGGCAGACCGCGCCGAACUGGUCACCCUCGAGGAACUCGACUACGAGUCCGCCAAGAAGAAGUUCGAGCUCUUCGUCCGGGCAUCCUCGCCGCCCCUCCGUUCAGACGUCCUCGUCCAGGUGAUGGUGACCGACGUAAACGACAAUGCACCUGUCCUCAAAGACUUCCAGAUAAUCUUCAACAACUUCAAGGACUUCUUCCCCACAACCUCGAUCGGCCGAGUUCCAGCGUUCGACGCCGACGUAACCGACAAGCUAUCUUACAGCAUUCUAGCCGGUAAUACCGCCAAUUUGAUAUCAUUAAACAGAACAUCCGGCGAGAUAAUCCUGUCACCUCAAUUAAACACUAACGUCCCGCGAGUCGCAACGAUGGAAGUUUCCGUGUCGGACGGAGUUAAUGAGGCCAAAGCGACCAUGACCAUGUCCAUUCGAUUGAUAACCGACAAAAUGCUGCAUAACUCGAUAACCGUGAGAUUAGACGACAUGACGGUCGAAGCCUUCUUGAGCCCCUUGCUGAAUUACUUCAUGGACGGUCUUGCGGCGAUCAUCCCCUGCCCCCGUGAGAACAUCUUCAUCUUUAGUGUGCAAGAGGAUACAGACGUCCAGUCGAAGAUCUUGAAUGUCAGCUUCUCAGCGAGGAAGGUCGAGCCAGGAAACAACGACGAAUUCUACAGUCCACAGUACCUCCAGGAGCGGGUCUACCUCAACCGUGGGAUCUUGGCUAGGCUGUCAACCCUGAUUGUCCUCCCCUUCGACGACAACCUCUGCGUGAGGGAGCCCUGCCUCAAUUACGAAGAAUGCGUGACAGUCCUGAAGUUCGGAAAUGCCUCAGGUUUCGCCAGCAGCAACACCGUUCUAUUCAGACCGAUAUACCCAGUGACGACCUUCUCCUGCAAGUGCCCUCGAGGCUUCACUGGGAGUAGAGAGGCUUAUCUCUGCGAUAUGGAGGUGAAUCUCUGCUACUCGAACCCGUGCACCAACGGCGGCACCUGCCAGAGGAAGGAGAGCGGCUACACCUGCGUCUGUGGGCCGAAUUACACCGGAACAAACUGUGAAGUCUCUCUCAACACUGACACCUGCUCCCCAGGGAUAUGCCGGGGGGAGUCGCAAUGCAUUAAUCGUCUUGGUGGUGGGUUCAGCUGCGAAAGCUGUUUGGGGUCUCCUCAGGACGGUGUAACCGACUUUUGUGAAUUGAGGGCUAGAUCCUUCGGCCCGACGACUUUCCUCACCUUUGGUUCCUUGAAGCAGAGACACAGACUUCACCUGAGACUCACGUUCGCGACUGAAGCGCCUGAGGGUCUUCUCCUCUACAACGGGAGGUACAACGAGAAGCACGACUUCAUCGCCCUGGAGAUAGUAGACUCAAAGGUUCAGUUUAGCUUCUCCCUGGGGGAUGAGAUCACCAGAGCUAGGGCUGAGAUCCCGGGGGGAGUGGCCGACGGCCAGUGGCACGAGGUCCAGAUCAUCUACAUCAACAGAACAGUCACGAUAGCUCUGGAUGGCUGUGACGUCUCCCUAGCCCUGAGAUACGGAGACAGAUUGGGGAAGAAGUGGGCGUGCGCUGGGUCGGCCGAACAGAUUCUCGAACCCCGCUGCAACUCCUUCACCGAGACCUGCCACAGGUUCCUGGACCUCACUGGACCCAUGCAACUUGGGGGCCUCCCAGCCAUUCCUUCAGACUUUCAAGUCCACAAUAAGGACUUUGUCGGGUGCAUCCGUGAUGUCUACAUCGACCACAAGUUCGUGGAUUUGAAUUCCUUUGUAGCUGAUAACGGAACGACUGUGGGGUGUCCCGAGAAGAAGGCGUUCUGCGCCUCGAUGCCUUGUCACAAUGGGGGAACGUGCAGGGAGAUCUGGUCUGGGUUCGUUUGCGAGUGUGAGGAAGGCUUCGCUGGGCCUCAGUGCAGCGAUGAAGUCGGCAAGCCUUGGCGGUUCCAUGGAGACGGCGUCUUGAGUUUCAAUCCUCUGUUGAGGCCCAUUCAACUCCCUUGGAUGACCGCCCUGAGCCUCAGGACGAGGGCAAGCAACGCCUUCGUGAUGAGCAUUCAGAUCGGCCAGAACAGCUCUGCCUUGUUCUCGUUGAAGGACGGUAGGUUGGAGGCAGCUUUGGAUGGGGUUGACAUCAUCAAGACAACCACGCCCGUUAACAACGGCGAGUGGCACAGGCUGGAGAUCAUUUGGCAGUCUGGGCACGUCUCCCUGGACAUUAACUACAGGAACAGACCCCUGAUCUCUCCGUUACCAGCUAAACUCCAGGGGUUGUACGUGGGGAGGAUCCUCUUGGGGGGCGCUGACCAGUCUGUCAAUCCUGAUCAACCCUUCUUCGAUGGCUGCCUCCAGGACCUCAGGAUUGGAACCAAUCAGUCUAUCCUGCAGCGACCGACCGCUCAGGAGAACGUGGGGACUGGGUGUCUGGCUGAUGACGAGUGCAGUGUGACUUGUCCUGACGAGUCCACUUGCCUCACCAGGUGGCAGUCCUCUGAGUGCGUUUGCAAUGCGGGGAGGGUUGGGGAUCACUGCGAGGGGAUCUGCGAUGUCAAUCCUUGUCACAGUGAGUCCGGUCGCUGUGUCGAGGAUUCGGAAUUGAGGAAGGGGUACAAGUGCGAGUGUAAUAGCGAGGAGUACUCGGGGGAGUACUGCGAGGUCAGGGUGGACCAGCCUUGUCCGGCUACGUGGUGGGGCUCGCCGGUUUGUGGGCCCUGUCACUGUGAUGAGGCGAGGGGGUACAAUCCUUCUUGUAAUAAGACCACGGGGGAGUGCUACUGCAAGGAGAAUCAUUAUCAACCCUCGGGCCAGGAGGAAUGCAUUCCCUGCGAGUGCUAUGCUACCGGGAGCUAUGGGCCGAGGUGUCAUACGGAAACAGGUCAAUGCCGAUGCAGAACGGGAGUAAUCGGCAGAGCCUGCACAGACUGCCCCAACCCCUACGCCGAGGUAACCCUCCGAGGAUGUGAAGUAGUCUACGACGGCUGCCCCAGGUCGUACUCCCAAGGUCUCUGGUGGCCGCGCACUAAAUUCGGCCUGAAUGCCAUCGAAGACUGUCCAGGCACAGCCGAGGGCAAGUCCUCGCGUUCCUGCGAUGACAAACUCGGUGGCUGGCAGCCCCCGGACCUCUUCAACUGCACCUCCGAGGCCUUCAUCGAAAUUCGUUAUCAACUCGGUGCUCUUGAAAGCGGAGAUCUAGCUCUAAGUCGAGAUGUGGCAGUUAAAAUGGCAAGAGACCUCCACAAAGCUGUCAACAUCACAAAGUUCAUGUACGGUGCUGAUGUUCUAGUCGCUGAAUCAUUAUUCAUAAAUUUAUUGAGAUACGAGGAGAGUCUGGCUGAUCUCCAUCUGACCCACAAUCAGGAUAAGGAUUAUGUGCCUCAUCUUGUGGCAAUUGCAGGGGCUAUUCUGAGCAAAAGGCACUUGGCCAAUUGGGAGAGGAUUUAUUCCCUGAAUGGAGACGGCCCUGACAAGAUCCUAGAUGCACUUGCGAGAUAUUUGAAGAUCGUGACAGGAUCCCAACACAACACGUUCACUGAUCCCUUCGAAGUUGUUGAUCCUAAUGUGGUUAUGGGGCUGGACACUGUGACCUCGGAGAGCCUCUUUGGGUACGAGGCCAUGGAGUACAAGGAAGACAAGUCCUUGUCAACGGCCAGACCCUCAGAGGCCGACCGGCGAGUGGUCCUCCCUGACACUUCCUCCUUCAUGUCAACCCCAGCUCAUCUGGGACCUUACAUCAGCUUUCCCAAGUACAAUAACUACAUGGCUGACCCCAACAGGUUCGACCCUUACUCCAAAAUCAGGGUUCCACUCAGUCUUCUUGGGAUCAAACCUCUCUCCCAGGGGGAGGUCAAUGAUGUCGAGCCUGAUGACACUCAGAAAGCAGUGCUGAGUUAUGUGCAGUAUAGGGAGCUGGGGGCGAUACUUCCUAAACGGUUCGACGACUCGGUGACCGUCAGGUGGGGGGUGGAGGUCGCCGUUGGAUCCCCAGUGGUGACAGUGUCCGUUCUCGUUCCUUCGGAGAAUGGGUCCAAGGCGUUGUCAGGCUCCUCCCUAAAAUCCCCAGUUCAAAUUCAACUGUGGAUCAUCGAAGACGACGGCAUGAAGCUCCGAGCGAACCCCCAGUGCGUCCACUGGAGCACAGCCCGAGGGAUUGGCGAGUGGAGUAGAAUAGGCUGCACCACCGAAACCGAGGAAGUCGAUGCCUCAGGACGACAGAUGGUGAACUGCUCCUGCCAGGGAGUCAUUCUCCAGGUGAAGAACCUCCAGCUGGCGACCUUCGCUGUUCUCACCGAUGUUCUGGACCUGGAGUACGUCCCAGAGCCUUCGCUCCUCGAGGACGUGACCAGCUACAGUUCAUUCUUACUCGCCCUCCCUCUGCUCCUCGCAGCUCUAUUAAUCCUCGGGCUGAUCCGGGGAGGAGGCACCAACUCCAACACUAUCCACAAGAACCUCGUGUUCUGCGUGCUACUGGCGGAACUGCUAUACCUGGUGGCGCUAAAAGCUAGAGGCCCUCUAGUCUCCAACGAAUUUCCUUGUAAAUUAACUGCAAUUGGACUGCAUUACACGUGGCUCUGCGCCUUCGCCUGGACUCUAGUGGACUCAAUUCAUCUUUAUCGAAUGUUGACGGAGAUGAGGGAUGUCAAUCAUGGACAAAUGAGGUUCUACUACACCGUGGGGUACGCAAUGCCCGCCAUAAUAGUGGGCUUAACGAUUGGAGUCAGAGCUGACCAGUACGGGAAUUUCUACUUCUGCUGGCUGUCGAUCUACGAGACUGUCGUCUGGGCCCUGAUCGGCCCCAUCUGCGCAGCUGUCCUGCUCAAUUUCUGUAUUCUAAUCAUGUCCGUGAAGGCAGCCUUCACAUUGAAGGAACACAUCAUGGGAUUCGGGAACCUGAGGACUUUACUCUGGCUGUCAGUGGCUUCCCUACCGUUAUUGGGGACCACCUGGACACUCGCAGUGUUGAAUGCAUCCGAGAACUCGCCGAUGCUGUCGUACCUCCUGAGUGUAGCUGUCCUCGUGCACGCGGCCUUCAGCCUCAUUGGCUAUUGUUUCAUCAAUGGAAGAGUGCGGAGGAACUUGUAUAUGAGUCUGCUGAAGUGCGUGGGGAAGAAAGCGCCUUUGCUUGAGGCGAGCGUGGCCAAUGCCAGCAGCAGUCAGAAUGUCAAUGGACAGUCCAGGUCGGCCCUGGCAUAUGCCUCUUACUCGGGGACCGACCCCUGCAGGAGGGUCCAUGUGGGGGUUUCCACCAGCAGCACCACCUCCAGGAGCACCAAUAAGACUGGCUCCAGCCCCUACAGGAGUGAUACACAUUUGAGGCACACCAGCACCAGCACCAGCAAUUACAACAGCGAUCGAGAUCAGUAUGUGACGAGGGCACAUCACAGCAAUCUUCAUGUACAUCAAGAAAACCCUGAGCCCCGAGGAAGUCGAAGAGACUCAGAGUCUGAUUCAGAUGGGUCCCAAGGAGGUGGAGGCAGAAGCCUGGACCUGGCCAGUUCCCACAGUUCCGACGACGACGAGGUGACCUCCAGGUCUCACAAGAACAUGGGGGUCUCCAACCAGCAGCCAGUCUCCCGCAACUACCUCCCCAACAUCCACCCGACCUCUGGUGACCACUUGAACAUCCUCUGCUCGAACACCGAACUCUUUCCCAACAUAAAGCCCAUCUACGCCCCUCGCUGGAGCUCGCAGCUCCCCGAGGCAUAUUUACCAACGAAUGUCGACAUCAGGGGGAGUCAGUGGUCUGGAGGCACCAUCUCAGACAACGAAAUGGCGUCCAACAAGACCUCGAGCCCCAAUCCCCUCCCAUAUCCUGACAUCAACUCACCUCAGAAGCUGGAGGAGAAUUGCUCUGAGGGGGAGGAGAAGCCCCAUCACAUCGGGGAGAAGUACCUGUUCCCUUACACUGCUGAGGAGGACCACACGGUCUCCCCCACUCCCUACAUACUCUCCAUGAGCUCCAGGAUCCUCGGGUCCAGCCUGAGUCACCACUCCCAGGGCUCCCAUCAUGAUAAUCACAGUGGGUCCGAGAGGUAUGGCAGCCUCAAGAGGGGGACCAGUCUCCAUGGCUCUCAUCAUGACAAUUUGAGUGGCUCGGAGAGGUAUGGCAGCCUCAAGAGGGGGAAAAUCACAGCCACCGUGCUGGAUGCUCCCGAGUAUAUCUUGCCGAUGGGCGGCAGGAUGCUGGGGACCUCUCUCAGUCAUGAUCUUCAUCACAGUGGAGAGCUGGCUGCCCUCAGGGCACAGCAGCAUCAGCAGCAUUAUGGGGCACAGCAGCAUCAGCAGCAUUAUGGGCAGACAAUCACUGAGACCGACGAAGAGUAUCGUCAUUUUUCAGGAAGGAUACUAACGCCGAGACACCGGUUUGAGAGACUCCGUCUACAAGGAAAUUACCGUACAAACUGAAAUACCUUAAGGCUUAGCCAUUUUUAAAUGCAAUUUUACAAAAAAUUAGAAGAAGCAGAGAAUUUAGAGAGUAAAUUAUGAACAGAGGCUGAGAGAGAGAGAGAGAUAAUUCAAUAUUUUAAGUGGCCAUUACUGUACUUGAUGAAAUGGAGACAAAAUUAAUUUAAGCCAUAUGUAAUUCAUUAGCCUGUAUGUGUGAGUGCCUGUACGUAAGCCUAAAAGAUGCUUUAUUUCCCAUCCUCAAUCAAUGUAUUUAGCUUUCUUGAGAAUUUAAUUAAUUAGUCACUGGGUAACAGAGCAAUUGUCGUUAAUUAAAUUGUCGUCUAAUAAUUUUAUAAAUAAGAAUUAAUGACAAGUAAAAGUACAGCGACAAUUGCAGUGACUGGAGAAGCCCAGUAAAUGAUCUCUCUUUGCUCAUUUCGAAAUAAUCGUACUUAAUCUAUAUAAUUGUCUAUUCCAUAAUCAAUUCAGUAUCGUGCAAUGUAAACAUUCCACACAUUUUUUUUCUUGAUCAUUCUUUUAUUCAGAUUUUUUAUGUAAUUCUUAAGUUUUUUACAAAUGUUUUUUAUGGCUUUUUUUAUCCAUUUUUAAAUUGUAAUUUUGUAAAGCCCUGGGUGACAAAAACUCAGGGCCCCAUAAUACUCAAGAUUUUUGUAUAUAUUUAUACGAAGAAACAUGACAAAAUACAUAAUUUA